GCUGGUCAAAACAAAGUCAAAACAAACAACAACAACACCUCUACUUUCCACCUCGUAAACCAUUACCACCAUGACUGACGCUGCCAUCACCUCUAGUGGACCAGCCUUGCACCAAGCAGUUGAUCAACUCACAGCCGCCGCCCAAUCUGGCUACAAUGUCUACCAAAACCGGGACCUCUUUCAAGAACGAGCUCUGCGAGAUGUCACAGUGGGAAGCAACGAAUCAGCACUGAUGCUCGACCCAAACAAUCCCAUCUUAGUCAGAGAAGAGAUGAAUGCGCAAAAGGACUAUUUUCGAAGAUUGAAGUUUACAUACCUCGAACAAGGUGCCAAGAGGCACUUUCUCGCUUCCAUCACGGGUGAAGAACCGCAAAGAGUAGAGCCGGGGGAGAAUGAAGAGCUCGAGGCGUCCAACGCGCAGAAGAAGGCUGAACUCAAAGCUGUCAAGACGGAUAUUGAAAACAUGAGGACGGAGGCUGUCGUACUUGCAGAACAGAAUGCCAAGCAACACACCGAGAUGACCUCACAGCUCUCCGAGGCGCAAGCCCUCCAGAAGGAGAUCAGAGGUAUGGAGCUCGAGCUUGCCAGAAUCAAAGCUACCUACCCUCCGGAGAACCGAAUGACCAUCAGCCAAGCGACCGAUACUCUGGACGCUCAGACAGUCGAGUUGGGACAGCUUAUGGACGAUAAGGAGGCAGUACAGGCGGAAGCGGAUCGGACUAGGGGCGAAGUUGCUAGGAUCGCCAAGGACGUGAGUUGGCGCCGUGGUGUUAUAUCCGCCACUAACCCUUGUCAGGUUCAACGUCUCGGCAGAGAUCGUGAGAGAGAAGAGGCAAAGGCGAAGGAAGUCCGAGAAGGAAGAGAGGCGGGUGACACCAAAGUGGACGAUAUCUGUCGAUGGCUAUCGUCAUCAAUGUCCUUUUACCGCUCUCUUCUUGGCAUCCGAUUCGUCCAGGCCGCGACCGACAAUGAGCUGCAUCUCGAGUACGACGUCCCGAACGGCCCAGUCACCUUGGCCUUGGCGUUUGACCCUCUGACAAAACGUCUGUCCGAUGCUACUAUGAUUGGAAGCGACUUGGAUGUCGCUGAGGCGAUCACCGUCGCCAUUGGCAACAACGACGUACCCGGUCUGAUAGCAGAUGUGUUGGUGCGCCUGAGGACAUGAGACUGAGGAGUUCGGUGAACGGCAUGAUAGAUUGGGGGACGUCGAUGUUGUCUGGCUAUUUUGUAAUCAUGUAUGAGUAUGUACACCUGGUGACCCGCAAAGAUAAAGCCCCAUGCUCGUGGUGGUUGUUUGCUAUCUCGUCAGCGACUGACACGUACUAGCUGCAAUGACACGUAUGAUGUCAAAAAACAAGACGUAAUGGGCUAUAUGUGUAGGAAGUUGGCGCGUAUCAGUGUUUGUCUUCC